AGUUAAUGUAACUAAGAUUAUCCCCACGCCCCCUAAUUAUUUACUUCACAUUUGGGAUGAUUUUGUAUUAAGGCUUAAAGCCCAGACCAUUUAAUCUAUUUAUGCAGCCAUUUUCACCAAAAAAAAAAAAAAAAAAGGAGGGGCCGAGGGGCUAGAUUUCCUUUUUUUCCAUGUACACAAAUUCUAGAACAAUAAUCUUUGUUUUUGACAAUUAUAGAUUUCCCAAGAAUUCCUACAUAUUGAAUUUUCCUCUGGCACAACUAACAACUUCCCGAUUAUUUCAGUCGAACUUUGACCAUAAUUAUCAAAGACUAGUAUUCCAACACCGGCUACUAACUUUCUACAGAAGAUGAUGAGCCAUAUUAUAUAAACUCAACCUCUAUAUGUCCAAUUUACAUACCACAUCCUUAGCUUUCUAAGUCCUACCCUAUUAUAUACUCGGUUACUCCUAUCUCAAUUAUAAACAUAAACAUUCAAUCAAACUUUGUUGCAAUGGCUCCUACUCUUAUGCCUGUGCAAGAAAUCCUCCAAGGGAGUGUUCUGCCCGAAGGUUACAUUCAAACCAAGGAUGACUACCAAGUUGGUGAUACCCCUCCUGCUUUGAUGACGGAUCCGACAAUCGAUUUCUCUCUCCUCUCUUCAUCAUCUCUUGAAGAGCUUGCAAAGCUACACUCUGCUCUCACUUCAUGGGGAUGCGCUCAGAUAGUGAAUCAUGGUAUGUCACUUGCAUUACUUAACGAGGUACGAGAAAUGAGCAAGCAGUUCUUCAAACUGCCUUUAGAAAAGGAAAAGUACUCUUCAAAAGGUGAUGAUCUUGAAGGUUAUGGAAAUACUAAUGCAGUUCAACAAGGAAGUCUUAACUGGAAUGAUAAGUUGCAUCUCCAAGUUUAUCCAGUGGAAAAACGGCAGCUUGAUUUUUGGCCACAAAAUCCACACCAUUUUAGGACAACCUUAAACGACUAUACAGAGAAGAACAAGAUGAUAUUUAUGACUCUCAUUAAAUCCAUGGCACGUUCCUUAAAUUUAGAAGAGGAGUGUUUUUUUGAAAUUUGGGGAGAUGAUGAAAAAGAUUCAACAUAUGCAAGAUUCAAUUUUUAUCCUCAUUGCCCAAUGUCAGACAAAGUUGUUGGGCUUAAACCUCAUGGGGAUGGAACUGUCCUCACCCUUCUUUUGCAAGACAAAGAAGUUGAAGGCCUUCAAGUCCUCAAAGAUAAUCAAUGGUUUCGAGUUCCUGUCAUCCCUGAAGCCCUCACCAUCUUGGUUGGCGAUCAAAUGGAGAUAACAAGUAAUGGCAUCUUCAAAAGUCCUACUCACAAGGCGGUCGUAAACCCACAAUAUGAUAGGAUCUCCUUAGCUAUGCUUUUCAUUCCAAGUUCGGACACAGAAAUUGGGCCACUAGAUGAACUAAUCACUAAUGAGAGGCCGCAAAUAUAUAAGAGACUCAAGAAUUAUGGGCAACAAGUUUACUCACAAUCUAUUCCUUCAGGACAAAGGCCUAUCGACAUCGUCAAACUCAAUUACUAGAAGUUUCUCCAAAUAUUAUGCAUGUGUUGAUGGAAACACAGACGUCCGUAACUAAAUCUAUUAUUACAGCAUUCAUGGAGGUUUUACUUAGUUAUGACUUGUGAAUCAGUAUGAAUAAAUAAAUGAUUUGCUUUUUUUUAGUGUGACA